GAUCGACAGCGCGGAGGAGCGGCAGCCGCAGCCGCGCACAAGCGCCGCGGCGCGCCCGGCUGGCCAGCCGCAGGGAGGAGGCGGGAGCCCGCAGGAGCUCCGCAGAGGAGCCGCCGCCGCCGCCGCCGCGCAACAGGUGCCGGGGGAUGCGCGCCCCGCCGGCCGGCGCAAGGGGCAGCCCCGGCGCGGCCCGAGCCGGCCAGGAUGAGCUCGGCCACGGCAGCUUCCCAGCGACAGGCUGUGCACAGCCAUUUGGAGACACCCUCAGGAGCCGCCAUCCUUUGCCACAACUGUGGGAGUCCGUGCAAAGGAGAAGUGCUAAGAGUGCAGAAGAAGUAUUUUCAUAUUAAGUGUUUCGUUUGCAAAGCGUGCGGCUGUGACUUGGCCCAAGGGGGCUUCUUUGUCAGGCAAGGGGAUUACGUCUGCACGUCCGACUACCAGCGGCUCUACGGCACUCGGUGCUUCAGCUGUGACGAGUUUAUUGAGGGCGAGGUGGUCUCUGCUUUGGGGAAGACCUACCACCCAAACUGCUUUGUGUGUGUGCUCUGCAGGCAGCCGUUUCCUCCUGGGGACCGGGUGACUUUCAAUGGCAAGGAGUGCGUCUGCCAGAAAUGUUCUCUGCCCCCGGCUGGUGCCAGUUUUCCAGUCCUCCGAAAUUGCGGGAACUGUGGCUCUGAAAUUAAGAACGGCCAGUCUUUGGUGGCGUUGGACAAGCAUUGGCACCUGACCUGCUUCAAGUGCAAGAUUUGUGGAAAACUUCUCACUGGGGAAUAUAUCAGCAAGGAUGGCGUUCCAUAUUGCGAAAGAGACUAUCAUACUACGUUUGGGAUCCAGUGUGACCGUUGUGGGAAGUUUAUCACUGGGAGAGUUUUGGAGGCUGGAGAAAAGCAUUACCACCCCACAUGUGCCUGCUGUGAUAAGUGCAAUCAGAUGUUCGCUGAAGGGGAAGAGAUGUAUCUUCAAGGGUCUUCUAUUUGGCAUCCCGCUUGUCGACAGGCAGCCAAAGUUGAAGAAAAGGCCAAGUUGCAGGAAACCCGAACAUCAUCUGAGAGCAUAAUUUCGGUGCCCCCUUCAAGUACAUCAUGUUCCCCAAGUCGAAUAAUUUAUGCGAAACUCGGGGAGGAAAUUCUUGACUACCGAGACUUGGCUGCUCUCCCUAAGAACAAGGCCAUCUACAACAUCGACCGUCCAGACAUGAUCUCCUACUCUCCCUACAUCAGCCACUCGACCAACGACCGGCCCAGCUACACCGAGGGGGACCAAGAGGACCAGCCCCUCAAGCCGUGCCGGAUUUCAAGCCCCAGUUCCACCAGCUCCCUGGGCUAUGGGCGCACCACGCCUCUUUGCGCUUCGCCUCCGAAUUUCAGCCGAGCAGCUGGUACCGAGACUCCUGGUACCAGUAGCUGCAUCUCCCUGCCCAACUACCCAAGCCUUCCCUCUACAUUCAGACAUCAUUACAUCCCUUUCUUCAAAGGCAGUGAAAGUGGCCGGAGCACCCCAAGCUUAUCCCUCUGCUCAGACAGCAAAUCUGCGUCCUCUCCCUAUCAGCAGGCACCCAAACAUUUUCAUAUUCCAGAGACUGGAAUAAAAGAUAACAUCUAUAGGAAACCCCCCAUCUAUCGACAGCAUGGUACAGUCUUCUGCUUUGCUCACCUCCCUGGCUCAAGGAAAUCAGACGGAGAGGGGAGUUCUGAUCAAGAGAGCAAGAAGUUGAAGUCCAGCUGGCUGACUCUGAAAGGGGACGUGGACUUUAGAACUAACUCGCCUGACUUGGAUACUCAGUCGCUGCCUCAAAGUCCUGGGACAGACCGACAACUCCAGCGGCUGCAAAGCAACACCAACUGCACCUACCUACGAUUCCCGUACUCCAAAUCGGCCUCUCUUCCCGACUACGGAAAGCAAGGCUUGCAACACGCUGCAGGUGUGGGCCCAGAUGACCAGGAGGCGGCCUGGGGAAAGAGAGAAUACAAGGUAAGGAAAGCUAUUAAGGACAUCAAAGCGUGUUGAAAUCCAGCCUUUUUGUGCAAAAGCUUCACUCCUUUCUUCUUUACUCCGUGUAAAGACUGAGCGAGUAUGUACAUCUCUCUAAAAAUGGCCACAGGAGCCCCGUUUUCCCAGCAGUCAGCCUUUCUCCUUUUCUCCCAGGUCUAUCCCUAUGAAACCCUUAUUGUCACCAACAGAGUUCGAGUAAAACUACCAAAGGAUGUGGACAGAACCAGACUGGAGCACCACCUGUCCUCCGAGGAGUUUCAGGAGGUCUUCAAAAUGAGCCUUGAACAGUUUGAACGACUUGCACUUUGGAAACGCAACGAGCUAAAGAAAAAAGCUUUGCUUUUUUAGCCUUCCUGAAACGAAGAGAAACGUGCUUGACGUAAGCCAGCUCCAUCCUUCCUUCCACCACCUGUGUCCACCUGCAACUGACCUCAUAUCGCUUCACUGUAUUCGGGCAGAAAAACAGACCCAACGGGAGGCCCAGCUCACUCUCGCCCCCGGCCAGGUCAUUAAAGGGUGUAACCAAUCUCGCUUCCAGUUAUUGCUUUAUUUGUUGCUUGUUGCAAAGACAAAACCAAACCCGUUAAUCUCAGAUAGGAAAGAAAUAACUCUCAUUUUGACCAAAGCAAAAUACUUGGCUACUGUUUGGUCUCUACAUUUUUGGGCUUGUAUACAAAGUCAGAGUUGAUGAAAAGGGAGGGGGACUUCCUCCAGGAGCAAAAUAAAAUAAAAUAAAGCCAAUGUGAAAAAGGUCAAAGAAAAAGCAUGUUAGAAACUCACUCUUGCCAAUGAUUGUGUAUGACACCUUUUAAAAAUAAAACUAGAGCAAACCUACACUGCAAUGUUUUGAAAUCUAAUUUUCUCACAUGCAACUGGUAUUUCAGACGCAAAGUACUGUAACAAAUGAAAAAUAGUUAUAAAACCUUUUUAUUUUAUAUUACGUAAGUGUAACGUAAGCGUUGUCCAGAUUGGCAAAAUAUAAUUCAUCUUAGCUGUACUUUGUUUAAAACGUGUGAAAUGUUUACAUUUGUGGAACGAAAUUCUCCUAAAUUUAAAUUUAAAUUCUAGGGAUGAUAUAGAAAUUCUGUAUUUACAAAAAAAUAGUGCAUUCUAGUAUGGAAAAAGUCAUCUGGCUGUGCAAUCCUGGCUUUGUCCUCCCAUUUUUCUCCCCCAUUUCACACUGACACACAAAACAUGUAAUUUUCUGAUGCACCUGUCGGCAUCCUCAUUAAACGUCUUGUUUUGUAACUGA